UUAGCCCUCAAACUUGCACACAUAGGAUUAUGUUAGAGGAGAAUGCCAAGGCAAUAAGACAACCACAAAGGAAGUUGAAUUCUCUAAUUCUUGAUGUGGUAAAGAAGGAGGUCACUAAAAUUUUGAGUGCAGAUUAUGCAGCCUUGAAGUAUCUUUUAAAGAAGAAUGACAUGAAGCUAUAUUUACUUAGAUGGAUGCUUCUACUUCAAGAGUUCAAUUUGGAGAUCAUUGAUAGAAAGGAAGCAACAAACAAUGUGACGGAUUACUUCAGUAGAUUGCCUUAUGAUUCCAUUGUGAUGAAUUCCUCUUUUAAUUUUCCUUGUGAUGAGUUUAAAGAUGAACCAUUAUGUGCUAUUUCUUCCUAUGAUUUUGUUUAGUAUUUUGAUUUGGUCAUUUUGUUGGUGUAUAAUGUUUAUCUAAAUGGAAUUACUAGACAUGCUAGGGAGAAACUUGCUAGGGAAAGUAGA